AUGAAUCUCCGCAAGCUUUUCAAAAACCGGUUUGUCACUUCGCGAAGCUUGGAGUUCGAAGUUUUUGAAGCUGCGCCCGAUCAGGGCGGUGAACGCUGA